AUGGGGACCCCAUGCUCAGUACAAAAUCUGUAUAAGCCUCAAGCCUGGGUUAAAGUACAGAGGGAUCACAAGUGUAGGCUUGACCUGAAUGAGAGUCCCGACAAAUGCUCCCUGGGCACCUCACUUGCCUUGCCCUAUUCCUUACAGCAGGAAUCUCCAAUCCCUGGGGCCACAGAGGGCUGUAUAGCAGGUGCUUCCACAAGCCGUAUCACAUCUAGAUGGAAAGCAAAGACACUGGUACUGAAGCCUCAGUCUGUUUAUGGAUUGAGAGUGAAAUAUAAUUGGGGAUGUUUUGUUUGGUAUAGGAAGGUGGUUUCCAAUAACUGUACCGAUGGAGUAAGAGAACAGUACACUGCCAAACCACAGAAGUGCCCAGGAAAGGCCCCUCGGGGACUCCGGAUUGUCACUGCAGACGGAAAACUAACAGCAGAACAAGGGCACAACGUUACUCUCAUGGUACAGUUGGAAGAGGGUGACGUUCAGCGGACACUCAUCCAAGUGGACUUUGGUGAUGGUAUAGCAGUGUCUUAUGUCAACCUCAGCUCCAUGGAAGAUGGGAUCAAACAUGUCUAUCAGAAUGUGGGCAUUUUCCGAGUGACCGUGCAGGUGGACAACAGUCUGGGUUCUGACAGCGCAGUCCUGUACUUACAUGUAACUUGUCCCCUGGAGCACGUGCACCUGUCUCUUCCUUUUGUCACCACAAAGAACAAAGAGGUCAACGCGACGGCCGUGCUGUGGCCCAGCCAAGUGGGCACUCUUACUUACGUGUGGUGGUACGGAAACAACACCGAGCCUUUGAUCACCUUGGAGGGAAGCAUAUCCUUCAGGUUUACUUCGGAAGGAAUGAAUACCAUCACAGUGCAGGUCUCAGCUGGGAAUGCCAUCCUACAAGACACGAAGACCAUCGCAGUAUAUGAGGAAUUCCAGUCUCUUCGCUUGUCAUUUUCCCCAAACCUGGAUGACUACAAUCCAGACAUCCCUGAGUGGAGGAGGGACAUCAGCCGAGUCAUCAAAAAGUCCCUGGUGGAAGCCACAGGGAUUCCAGGCCAGCACAUCUUGGUGGCAGUGCUCCCUGGCUUACCCACCACUGCUGAGCUCUUUGUCUUACCUUAUCAGGAUCCAAUGGGAGAAAACAGAAGGUCAGCCAGUGAUCUGAAGCAGAUGUCAGAAUUACUGAUCCACAAUCUCAACCAAAACUCAGUACACUUUGAACUGAAGCCAGGGGUCCAAGUCUUCGUCCAUGCAGCUCACUUAACAGCAGCUCCCUUGGUGGAUCUCACUCCAACCCACAGUGGAUCUGCCAUGCUGAUGCUGCUCUCAGUGGUGUUUGUGGGGCUGGCAGUCUUCGUCAUCUAUAAGUUUAAAAGGAAGAUUCCGGGGAUUAAUGUUUAUGCCCAGAUGCAGAAUGAGAAAGAACAAGAGAUGAUCAGUCCAGUCAGUCACUCUGAAAGCAGGCCCAAUAUCCCUCAGACUGAACUAAGGAGGCCUGGCCAGCUUAUAGAUGAGAAGGUGGAGUCUCAGCUCAUAGGAAGUAUUUCCAUAGUUGCUGAGAAUCAAAGCACAAAAGAAAUCCCUACCUAUGUAAAUGUUUGAAUGGAGGACGACAGUAAAAAAUAAAACAAAACAAAAAAUAAAAUAAAAACAAUCAAAAUCCAAACAAACUAACAAACACUCACUGCAUCGGAACUUUUUAAUUCUUCAGACACAGACAACAAGGGUUUUUAGCUUUAAGCCUGUGCAUGUGGACAAUACUUUGAAAACAUGUCUGGAGGGGCAGUGUACAGGUGCUCUAUUUUAAUGGAAAACACUCCCCUUCCUCUUUCUUCUCUCUCUUUUUCUGAUCGGUCGUGUUUGUAGAAAAUUCAUAACAUAUAUAGGCCAAGAAAAUCUGCAUGUAUUUUUGGAAGUAUUCUUGGCUCUAGAUUUAACAACUAUUUUAGCAGUAAAAGCUGAUGGGUGGAUUAGCCACUCCAGCUUCUUUCAUAAGACACCAAGACAUGCACAGGAGUUUGAAACCCUGAGCUGUUUCUCUGUUCCAUUUUCCUUAUUGUCAUUUUCCCUUAUAAGUUAAUUUUGGUAGCUGUGUUGGUCAGAAGUGGCCACAGAACUGCUUUCUCCAUUCUCUGUGGCCACUGGGGCAAGGAUGUGAGUUGAAGAUCCAUGUAUGCAUGUCAAAUAGGGAAGGAAGGGAGGCAGGGAGGCAAAGCAUGUAAGAAAUGAACCUUUGUUUCCUGUUUACCUCUUCCCACCAUCACUGGUUUCCCCUGUAACUUUCCCUAUUCCUGCCUCAACAUAUGUGAAAAAUGGAAUCCCAUUAGUUGACCAUUGUCUUACCUUCCCAUUUAUUUGCCAUCUAUAUGUGGCCAUAAUCUGAUGAUAUUUUUUAAUCCCUUUCUUCUACUCCCCAAGUUAUCCUUCAGCAACUCCAACUUUUUCUUCCCAAACAUGUUAAUAGAUUCUGGACAUUAACCCUGACAUUUCCUAAAUACUGGCUUAGCCUCUGUUGACCCUGCCCCUACCACUCGCAAGCUUCUGAUCUCUUUGUCAGUUUUGUACAUUACCAAGCAUGCCAGCUUCUGUGCACACUGACCUCGCUGUAUCCCACACAGCAGGGUGCAGUUUUAUGUAUCCUUUGUCUCUUCCUCUAGAAGCUGCCUUUUCCCAAUAUCUCUGCCUUUUCCCCCUUGGAAACAUAUAAUGUAUGUGAAAGAGUUGAUAUAUGCAAAGUGUUUCAAACCUAGUCAUGUACUUUGGAAAAGAAAACUCACAGAUGAAUAGUGGUGUUCUUAUAUCUUAACAAAAAAUCUCACGCAGUCUGAUUCCAGAAGAUUCUUGUGAGAAUGUGGGACUAUGUUGCAGGGAAGUUUCCUCCUGUGAUGGUUACUGUUAUCCAAUAUUUUCUCUCUCACAGUAGAAUAGAAAUAUUUGUGAAAUAAAACUGAUUUUAACCAGGAGAAGCAGGUUAAGGACCUAAUGUCAAGAAGUCAGAGACUACAUGGAGAUCUCAUCUUACAUUUGGAUGAAAGUUUGAUUAUUUAGGAUGAUCCCAGUAAUGUUACAUGUGUGCUCUCCGAUUUUUGAGUAUAAUAGUAUCAUUAAAGGAAGAAUAAGACAGUAUAAAUGGGAAAGUUAGCGAUUAGCAAACCGGAUUGUUUCAAAGCAGAUUGUCUCAAAGCAUGAAGAAAUUCCAGUUUUCCCAGGUCUAUCAUGAAGGAAGGCCCAGAGAAAGAAGACACAAAAACCUGUUCAGCAGAAACCCCUUCACCAUUAUUGGGCAAAGCCCACUCUAAAUUAUAGGAGAAAGCAGUUCUGAUAAACCACUUAGAGAGUCCAGCCUCCUUUUUUUGCUAUGUCCCCAAGCCAACAACAGGGCAUGAGAGAGGUUCUGGUGAUAAUGGGGAUGCUCUGAAGUCCUAAUAACUUUGCCCUUGUGUAGCUCAGGCAGGGAAAGAGUAACAAAGCUGCUGUCAGAAGUUAAUCAAGCAGAAAUUUGUACGGUUGAGGGUGCCCCACAUGAAUCUGGGAAAUAGAUUAUGCCUGAGGCAGCCACCUAUUUGUAGAACUCAAUCCCCAACCUGCCAGGCUUCCUAUCUCAUAGGAAACAUCCUCAUUGAUCUUCUUCAGUUGGAGCCUCCCAGUUUUAAUCUGGAAGACAAAGUGUUUGAACACCAAGAGAGACUCAGCCAAAUCAGCACAGGGAUUCCUCAGAGUUGCAGUUCAAUUCAUUUUAAUUAGAAAAUUGUAAAAAAAAAAAAAGAAAGAAAGAAAGAAAGAAAAAAGAAUUAGCAUUCUUAAUCUAGCACAGUGCCUUGCCUAGAGUAGUGUUCUGAAAAUUAUUUGUUUGACGAAAUAAAUGAAAAGACAUAGAGAUGAAUGGGUUGUAAAUUCUAAUUAAAAAUAGAGGUGGACAUGAGAUGCCUGGCAUUUUGAAAAGUGACCAAUGAUAGCCAGAUAUAGAUUCAGCAUCUCCGGUGUCCUCAUGUGCCUCUCCUCAAAGCCUCCUCCCAUGUGCUGGAGAUUAGUGAGACAAGGUACUGCUAGAGGGGAUCUCAUUGUUCUUAGGAACUUGGCUGGUGGUUCUCUAAGUGUGGUCCUCAGUACACCAAUAUCAGCAUCACCUUGGGCUUGUUAGAAAUGUACAUUUUGGAGCCAUGCUCUGUACCUACAACAUUAGAAACUCUAGGGUAUGAAUCGUGGUAUUCUCCAUUGUUAAGUGAUUAUUAGCCCAGCAAUCUGUUUUAACAAGCUUCCCACAUGAUUGUGAUGCACACUAAAGUUUGGGAACCACUGUACUAGACCGUUCCAGCUGAAUCUCAAAGAGAAAGUAGUGAUGAAAGUCUACAAAUGGGAGGGUCCCAAGUGCCUACCUACUCGCUAAUAGCAGGUGCAAACACAGUGAGGAGUUUGGUGGGCUUAAGGUCAGAGGAGUAUGUGGGGAGGAAUGUAUGUGGAAGGUAAGAUUCAGGGCAAGCUAAAAAUCUGAUACCGCAAUGUGUUCCAAAAUCUCAGAAGGCAAACUGUGCAUGCUUUACCCUGAACUACCCAACCAACAUUAUCUCCCUUGCCUUAUUUUUAAUUGGGUUCACUGUCCAAAAUGCAGAGGUUUACUUUGCUUUUUUUCAGAAGUUCCAAACAGCAACUUUGAGAGCAAUGGGGUGCUUGGCAGCUGUUCUGUGUUUUCCAGGAUUCCAACUGAGCAUUGAAAUCCCUCAUUUGCCAACUUAUUUUUAUAGGAAGCCCAUUUAAAAAAAUGAAAGUUUUCUUAUAGUAUUGGAACUAGUUCUAAUUUUAAAAUGACUUUUUUAUGUAUUUUUUGUUAAAUACUAUGUAGUGUAAUGUAUAAUUGCUCCUGUUUAUUGCUUUUGCAAUCAUAUUUAUUAAACAGAUAAUGUCUCUAAA